AUGCAGCUCUCUCGCUAUGUUUUCCGUUUUGCCUGGAUCCUCUGCAUCAAAGCCUCACCCUACCUGCAUCAUGCUGCCCUUCUCUUCUCAACAACGCAGUGCAGCUUCGACAUGCCUGAACUCCUCAUAAAUCGCGGUUCCAUAUUCAACCUGUUCUCGGCCCGAGUGGAUGGUUACGAGUUCAAAGAGCAGUAUGGACACUUCGCAUGCGCCGUUGUAGGGUUUCCGGACACUGCAAGACCAUGGCUGCUCGCUCCCUCUAUCACGAGGAGGAAGAAGUACAAACCAAAGUCGAAGAUCGACGUGUCGACUCAUGCCACUUGCCCGUGGUUCUGUGAUACCCUGUUCUCUUCUCUUAAUAUUGGCUUCUUUUGA